GGCGGCCGCAGCGGCGGAGGAGGGCGGCGUUAGAGAGGCCGGCCCUCGCCGGGAGAAGGCCAUGAACGGCGACCGGACCGAGAGCGACUGGCAGGGGCUGGUGAGCGAGUACCUGGUGUGUAAAAGGAAGCUGGAGAGUAAGAAGGAAGCCCUGCUGAUCCUUUCCAAGGAGCUGGACACAUGCCAGCAGGAAAGGGACCAGUACAAACUCAUGGCCAAUCAGCUUCGAGAGCGUCACCAGUCCCUGAAGAAGAAGUACCGCGAACUCAUCGAUGGAGAUCCAUCACUUCCCCCUGAAAAGAGGAAACAGGCUAAUCUUGCACAACUAUUGAGAGAUUCUCAGGACCGAAAUAAACAUCUGGGAGAAGAAAUUAAAGAACUUCAGCAAAGGCUCGGAGAAGUCCAGGGUGACAAUAAGCUGUUGAGGAUGACAAUUGCCAAACAGAGGCUGGGAGAUGAAGAAAUUGGCGUGCGGCACUUUGCAGCCCAUGAGCGUGAAGAUUUGGUUCAGCAGCUGGAGAGAGCAAAGGAACAGAUUGAGUCUCUGGAGCAUGACCUACAGGCUUCUGUGGAUGAGCUUCAGGAUGUUAAAGAAGAGCGGUCUUCCUACCAGGACAAAGUCGAGAGGCUCAACCAGGAGCUGAACCACAUCCUGAGUGGCCAUGAGAACCGUAUCAUUGAUGUGGACGCCUUGUGUAUGGAGAACAGAUACCUUCAAGAGAGAUUAAAGCAACUUCACGAAGAGGUCAACCUCUUGAAAUCUAACAUUGCCAAAUACAAGAAUGCUCUUGAGAGACGGAAAAACUCAAAAGGCCAGAACAAAUCCAGCAGCAGUGCUCUGACUGGAGUCCUGUCUGCAAAGCAAGUUCAGGAGCUGUUAUCUGAGGAUCACGGGUGCAGUCUCCCAGCUACGCCACAGUCCAUUUCUGAUUUGAAAUCUCUGGCAACAGCCCUGUUGGAGACGAUCCACGAGAAAAACAUGGUCAUCCAGCACCAGAGGCAGACCAACAAAAUCCUAGGGAAUCGGGUGGCUGAACUGGAGAAAAAAUUAAGAACUCUGGAAGUUUCUGGUUUGUGGAGUCUCCCAGGGGGCAAAGACACCAUACUGUUCAGUGACCCGGCUCUUCCCACCAUGCAGAGGUCAAGAUCCCCACUGCUCAAGUUCGUGGAGCAGCCCACUGAAAGCAAAGCAAGUCCCAAGGAUGGGGAGGCUCAGAAGCAAGAUGAAAGCUGUGCUGCUCCCGAGGCGCUGGCAGUGCGGGAAGAUGCCAGGAGGCUUGCUGUCAGCUCCCCAGCAAGUCAGAGCCACAGGAGCCAAAGCAAGCCCUAUCAUCCCUCAUUACUCCAGCUACCUUCUGAGGAGGAAGAGGCAAACAGGCUUGGGAGGGAGACCGUGAAACUGACAGAGGAGCAGGCAGCUGCAGGCCCAGAAGGGGUCAGGAGAGAGAGUCCCGUGGAAGGCCAGAGGGAGGAGAUGGGGCCAUCCCACCCAGGCCUGACCGCCGAUGGGCCGUGCCCCAAACCUUGCCAGGACUCCUCUGAGUCCAGCCAGCCAGAAGCCAAAGUUUCCACCCUGGAGGAUGACGAGGACACUGCAGAGGGUGGAGGAGGCACAAGGAGUGCUGUGAAAACAUGAAGGGGAAAGAGAUCGGGCACGAUGCCAUGUCGGAGGUACUCCAGACAUAAAGAAUUACACAUCAGAACAGCUCAGCGAAGAAGUCACUUUCUCCUAAAACACCUCCAAGUCUGCAAGUGAGAAGGGACACGGAUCCGGUUGCAAACUGGGAAUAUUCUGAUGAUGCCAGCAGAGUUUGACUUAUUAAACACGGGCCCUCGAGGUUUUCAAUGUCUUUCUGUGGAGGCCACACGGUGGUAAAUGUGGCCAGGCACGGGCUCAUGUCAGCCAUAUGGCUGGUUUUCAGCAUCAGUCUUUUCUGUCCGUAUUUGUUUUAUUUAGAGAUAAGAUGCUUUUCUAUUAUCAUUUAAAUUGUUGGUCAAAAUUAUGGAAAGGGUUUGAAACGGGUGGGGUUUUUAAUCAGGUGCCCGUCUUUGUGAUUCAGUGGCUGUAGAGUAACGUGUGAUUGAGCAUAGUGGGUCCAGAGGGCCCACGGCUCCUCUCUUCACAUCAGGGCCUGGUGGGACCUCCCAGCGUGGAUGUUCUUGGCAUCCUGCCCACAGCACUGUCUGUCCUGGCACCAAAUGGCAAGUGGAAAGGGGCUUAAGUGGGCUCAGAAGGCUAGGCUUCUGGUUGGAAAUCCACAACGCCUGUUGAGACCUGUCUGCUGACUACUAGAGCUGAGUUUUCCAGCCUGGAAUUCUAGAGGAUUAAUCGACCUAGAGUGAUGGCAGGUUGUGGACAAGCAGAGAGGAAGGGGACUCCAAUGGUGUUUUGAUUUUUUGUUUCUGAGAUGAUACGGGAGCCAAAAUCUGGGAAUGCUGGUUCUCUGCCUUCAACCCCGGGCUGCAUUUAGGGUUUUAUGGUCCUGUGGGUUGUGGCAAGUGUAGCUGCUUCGGGGCCAGUUCAGGUUUCCCCACCACCUGGAAUCUCUAGCCAUCACUCCUCCAACAGAAUGCUGCGUCCACCCGUUCUUGUAGUCCUAGAGAGGAAAGAGAGGGAAAAACAAAGUCACUUUAUUACAGCCUGCGGAGGCAGAGUGUGGAACCAAAUUCAAGCUUUAAACGCAGCAAAGUAGAGAGUGGUCACCCCCACCUGCAGCUUUCCUUGGGAAUAAAAUUAGCUUUUCAAGGCAGCAUCUGGUGCUGUAGGGAGUUGAGGGCUCAUGAAAUGAGACCUUUCCUUGUGCCGAAUGCAGUUUAUUUCCCAGGAAUACCUAAAACCAGAUCCCAAAGCUCAAAAUGUCCCUGAGAACCGGAAUCACUCCUUGGAGAGAGACUCCUGAAAAGAGAAGUUCCCAAGGUAGGAAAGGUAGAAACUUCAUCAAUUCAUCCUAGAGAUCAGAUAUAUUUAGACCAGGCUUGUGACCCAAGGUGUGAAUCCCACAUGCACAUGGGUGGCCAGCGGCUCCUCCCCCAACACCUCCCUUCCACAUUUUACCUCCUGGCAUCACUGGGCCAGCAGGGUAGGAUCCAUCACACUUGGCACUGUCUCAAUCUGAAGGAGGGCAGGGUGCAGACUAGAGGGUCCUGUUUUUUACCAGAUGCACCUGGAAAGACCUCCAGCUGCCUUCCCCCCACUCACCUGAGGUCACCCCACUAGCAGGAUGCGGGCACACCUGAGUCAGUGUGGCUCCUGGUGAGCUGGACACGUCUACCCCUGCCCUCCAGGACCCAAGGCCCCAUUCACUCAUCCUUCUGUGCUCCAGCCCCUCCCCCUGCCCACACCUGUUCUCCCACCUUCCGCUCCAGGGAGGCCACUUCUGCAGCUGCAAAGCUUCCUGCUCAGUCCAGCAGCCACAGCAAUUGUUUUCCUGCUGCACCAGGCCUAAACUCCCUGCAAAUGUUUAGCACUACUGCGUAGGCCGCCAGAGCCACCACAGGAAAACAUGGCCAGAUUUAAUACAGGGAUAAUAAAAAGAAAAAUCUCUCCCCCACAAUAGCCUUGGUUUUGACACAGAGUUGGCCAGGUGCAUGUCUUUAGGGCCUCCAUCACCUGCUGAAAAGCAGGGCUUAUAAUAAACUCCAGCACAUUCCAUCAUGAAUAGGAAAACUGCUGUGAGUCCCAGAGAGUGAGGCUCAGGGCAGAGGGUCAUAGGAAAUGCUAACCUAAAUUCUGUAUGUCCAGUCAGCUUGGGGUUGGGGGUCUUGUGUUAUUAGAUGAAAUUGUAGCCAAUGAGUUGACCCUGUCGUUUGUAAUCUGAAUAUUGCCCUGUACACAUGUGACACUGUCCCUCCUUUGCUAUUCCAGUCCAACAUGGUUCCAAGGACAUUAAAGAGUUUCA